UUUCGUUCGAAUAUUGACCGUCGCUCGCGUUCGCAAAAAAUACGACUGUUUUGCAGUCUAGUAAUUUCCCAAAGUAGUCUCGGUCGCUUGCGGUCAAGUGGUCACUUACGAGAGCUUUUAAUUACAGGAUAUGAAUAACAAUUUAGACGCGGUUUCAAAAUGGAGGUCGUAACUAGAACUGAUCGGUUACGAGAGUGAUCUCAAAGGAGAGCUUCGACUCCCGGCUUCGACUACACCUACAGCAGACACACUUGGAUCAGUUGGAUGAGUCAACUGUUGGUUGUUCGCCGAUUUUUUUAGACCUUUGUUAGAGCAGUUUUUCAUACCCUCUUGUAUACUCUGACAGCACGUGAAAUCCCCAUCCUUUUAUAUGCCGCCAGUCUUAAAAGGUGCACCUUUGAGCGGAGCUUCCGAGCCUCGCAUAUUCAAUCAUUAUGAGGACUACCCUAUCCCACUGGGGGAGCAUUUUUGCAUAUAAAGGUGAAUAACUUCGCUUUCCAGAUCUUUCCAGGACAAAAAAACAAGUGCUAGUGAAGAAUACCUCAGUCUGGCGUUAUAACCUCUUUGCUGCGCAGAAGGGAGUUUAGUUUAGGCUUUCUUCCUCAGCUUUAUCCUGCGAUAGCACAGUGCGUGACAUAAACGCGCAUCUGAGUGUGGCACCAUGGGUAAUUGAAACUGUGUUGCGAGCUGACUCGCAAACGAGGGCAUACUUUUUCUCAGAUCCUGCGGUUAUAAUCACUGCUUCCUUCCUGUCAUAGGAUGUAAACCAUUUAUACGAUUGAAGCAUAAGACGUGAAUGAAUUGCCUUUGCGGUUGUUUGCCAGGACUCAUUUGUUGUUGAUGCAAAGUGCUUCGUUGUUCGUCUACUGCAUCGACUGUAGCCAAAGAAAAUAUACCAACAGGAAAAGAGAGCUAGUGAAUUGCUUGGUAGGAACAGACGACUUGCAAAUUAAGUGACCAUGGUGUUAUGGCUGGGUAUAAUUCUCCCAAUUGUCGCGAUUCUCGUACUGGCGACCUUUCUAGUCUGGGCGGCUUGUGUGGUGUUAUAUUUCGCAUGCCCUCAUGUCUUGAGCCACUUAAUACACAGGUUUUUAAUCUUAAGGGGAGGUUUCACCCUGAAGUAUGUAUCAGUUGGAGAUUUCAGAUUUAGCUACAUUGAACGAGGGAAUGGCCAGGGUGCAGAAAAUGUGGUCUUGAUGGUUCAUGGUUUUACUGGAGAUAAAGGAGUUUGGAGUCUUGUGGGAAAUGUCUUCCCUAAAACAUAUCAUCUUAUAGCUGUUGACCUCCCUGGACAUGGUUAUACUACACGCAAACAUCAUGAUGAUCACUCUAUUCCAGCUCAAGUUGCAAAGCUUCAUCAGUUUGUGGUGGCUAUUGGGCUAAAUAAAAGAAAGUUUCACUUGGUGGGUCUAUCAAUGGGUGGAUUUGUGGCUGGUGUCUUUGCUGUACGAUAUUCUUUUUUGCUAUCUUCACUGGUACUCAUGUGUCCUGCAGGAAUAAAUGCACCAAAACUGAGUGAUUUCUUGAGUGAGAUGGCCAGUGGUGGAAAGAACUACUUGCUGCCUAAAACACCUGAGGAUUUCUAUUUUAUGCUGAAAAAAGUAUCCCAUCGUGAAGUUGCCAUGCCUUUCUUUGUUGUGAAGAUAAUGUGUGCAGCAAGGCAGGAAUCACAUGAUUUUUAUGAAAAAGGUAAAGAACAGUUUUUUUUCUUACAU